UCUCCCGUGGUAACACACAUGGAAACACAUUUCUCAGUGUUUUGAGUUUACGCGCCGAUUGUGGCGGUGAGAGUAUUAAAUAGGGGCAUCGACGGCUUUUUCGUUGCCUUUAUCGGGCCUUUGUCAUUUCUAGGCCACACGUUUGUAAAAAUAACACAAUAAUGAAGAUCGAGGAGGUGAAAAGCACCACGAAAACGCAGCGGAUCGCGUCGCACAGUCAUGUGAAAGGACUCGUGGACGAGGCCGGGAACGCCAAGCAGACAGCAGCCGGUCUGGUGGGACAGGAGACUGCCCGAGAGGCAUGUGGCAUCAUUGUCGAGUUGAUCCGCUCAAAGAAGAUGGCAGGGAGGGCAGUUUUACUGGAUGGUCCCCCUGGCACAGGAAAGACUUGCCCUUGCCUUGGCGAUGGCACAGGAGUUGGGCAACAAAGUGCCUUUCUCUGCCCUAUGGUUGGCAGCGAGGUCUACUCGUCUGAGAUUAAGAAAACAGAGGUUCUGAUGGAGAAUUUCAGGAGAGCCAUCGGAUUACGUAUCAAGGAGACAAAGGAGGUGUAUGAAGGGGAGGUGACAGAGCUGACCCCCUGUGAGACGGAGAAUCCCAUGGGCGGCUAUGGAAAAACCAUCAGCCACGUCAUCAUCGGUCUGAAGACGGGCAAAGGCACAAAGCAGCUCAAGCUGGAUCCCAGUAUUUAUGAGAGUCUUCAGAAGGAGCGCGUAGAAGUGGGAGAUGUCAUCUACAUUGAAGCCAACAGUGGAGCCGUCAAGAGACAAGGUCGUUGUGACACAUUUGCCACAGAGUUUGAUCUAGAGGCAGAGGAGUAUGUGCCGCUGCCCAAAGGCGAUGUCCACAAGAAGAAAGAGAUCAUCCAAGAUGUCACACUGCACGACCUGGAUGUUGCAAACGCCAGACCCCAGGGAGGCCAGGACAUCCUCUCCAUGAUGGGACAACUGAUGAAGCCCAAGAAGACAGAGAUCACAGACAAGCUGCGCGCUGAGAUCAACAAGGUGGUGAAUCGGUACAUCGACCAAGGUGUCGCUGAACUAGUUCCCGGUGUGCUCUUUGUGGACGAGGUGCACAUGCUGGACAUUGAAUGCUUCACCUACCUCCAUCGAGCCUUGGAAAGCACCAUCGCCCCCAUCGUAGUGUUCGCCUCAAACAGGGGAAACUGCCUAAUCAGGGGAACAGAGGACAUCAGCUCCCCCCAUGGGAUCCCACUGGACCUGCUGGAUAGAGUUAUGAUAAUUCGAACCAUGUUGUACACACCUCAGGAGAUGAAGCAGAUCAUCAAGAUCCGUGCUCAGACAGAAGGGAUCAAUAUCAGCGAUGAAGCACUUACUCACCUGGGAGAAAUUGGCACCAAGACCACACUCAGGUAUGCUGUCCAGUUGCUUACCCCUGCCAGUCUGCUGGGCCGGGUUCAGGGGAAGGAGAACGUGGAGAGGGAGCAGGUAGAGGAAAUAAAUGAGCUCUUCUAUGAUGCCAAGUCGUCCGCCAAGAUCCUCCAAGACCAGCAUCACAAUUCAUGAAGUGAAACUGAAUGUUUGACUUUUGGUUCAAAACUUUCUCUCACAGGAUGAGCAUUUUCAGCCUGACAUCAUCUGGUUUACUUUGUUACCCUCAUCCUACCAUGCUUCUUUAUUUUGCAUUUUCCCCUAUUUCAUGCUCCCUUUACUCUUUCUAGGGUUUCCCUGACUGUGUAUCAUUUACUGUAGUAAAUUUGUUCCAAUGAAUUUAAGUUUUAUUCAUUCUAUUUGUUGAUGAAAAUAAUUUUUUGAAUAAAAGAAAAAGAGACGAAUGAG